AAAUUACCUUCGCCGAAAUUCAAAACUGAUAGAAGCGCCGGGGCAAUUCGGAGUUGCGAGAGAGAGAGAUGGGGAAGAGCAGAAUACUUUUAAUCGGAGCGACAGGAAAGCUAGGCUACAAUUUGGCCAAAGCCAGCCUUGAAUUCUCUCACCCAACCUUUGCUCUCGUAAGAGAUUCCGCCUUCUCUGACCCCCUAAAAUCUCACAAGCUCGAGUCCCUCUCCAAUGCCGGAGCCACACUCCUCAAGGGCUCGCUGCAAGAUGAAGCGAGCCUCGUGGAGGCGAUAAAGCAAGUGGAUGUGGUCAUUUGUGCUGUUUCUUCUAAACAAGUUCUCGAUCAGAAGCUUCUUAUUUCUGCUAUCAAACAAGCUGGCUCCAUUAAGAGAUUCAUUCCAUCAGAAUUCGGAUUAGACCCGGAUAAGGUUCAAAUAUCAGACAUGGACUACAACUUCUAUUCACAGAAAGCUGAAAUUAGACGUCUUGUGGAAGCUGAAGGCAUUCCCUACACUUACAUCUCAUGCAACUACUUUAUGAGCUUUUUACUUCCUUCGCUUGUUCAACCUGACCUAGAGACUCCUCCAAGGGACAAUGUUACCAUAUUUGGCAAUGGAAAUACUAAAGGUGUAUUUGUUAAGGAAAGUGAUGUUGCUGCCUUCACAAUCAGUUCAGUGGAUGAUCCACGCACAUUGAAUAAGGUGUUGUAUUUGAGGCCCCCAGGAAAUGUACACUCCAUGGAUGAGCUGGUUGCGAUUUGGGAGACUAAGAUUGGGAAGAAGCUCAAGAAGAUAUAUGUAUCAGAAGAAGAGCUUCUUAGGAAAAUUAAAGUUUGCACCAAAAAUAUGUGGUUUAUUACAUUGCAGAGAUCCCAUAUCCUGACAACAUGAAAAUGAUUUUCAUAUAUUCUACUUUCAUAAAGGGUGAUCAAACAUACUUUGAUAUCGAGUCAUCUGGUGGUGUUGAUGGGACAAAACUGUAUCCACAGCUGAAAUACACUACUAUCAGUGAAUUUUUGGACACCCAAUUGUAAGAACCUCUGAAAUUUCUGUUUGAUAGGUUGUACAUUGUAUUCGAACAGAAAUGUUACUGUUUCAUACUCAUCUUUUGGCAGCAA